AUGCGUGAUGGCUGCCGGCGCGGCCGCGAUGCACGCCCUGCUGCUGCCGCUGCUGCUGCUGCACUUUCAUGUAGGAGUGACGAGCGCGGCGUGCGGCAACGCGAGCGCACUCUCGGAGCGGAUGGACGCGCUGUUGGCGGAGUACGACCGCGGCGCGCCGCCUUCGCCGCGUAUGCCCGUGCGCCUAGCGCUCAUUGUUCGCCACGCCGCCCUCGACGAGCGCCGCUCUGCCGUCAGAAUGCUGGCCGACUUGCAAAUGAGCUGGGAGGACGCACGACUAAGUUGGAACUCCUCGGUAUGGGGUUGCGGGUACGCGGGCGUGCCGGCCGAGCGACUUUGGCUGCCCGACGUAGCGCUGGUGAGCGCGGCCACUCGCGGCGCCGACCCGGCCGCGUCAGCAGGCCAGCAUGCUCGUCUCGCCAGCGACGGCCGCAUCGAGUGGACCUCACGCCUCGACCUCUCGGCGCCCCUGGCGCUGCGCCUCGACGACUGGCCGCGGGACCUACACACCGCUGUCUUCAAGUUCGCCUCCCGAGACCACGACUCCGACCAGCUCGACCUCACCGUCGCGCACGCUGAAGGGCAGACGGUGUUCGAGGCGGGCGCCUGGGAGCUAGCUAGCGUUUCUCACUCGACGGAGACGUGGCGGCGCGGCGACGGCGAGCGGCGCGUGGUCGCCUGGGCGCUGGGGCUGCGACGGCGCGCACCCGCCCACGCCCUCGCCACCACCGCCGUGCUGGCCGCCGCAGCGCUGCUGCUGUUGGCGGCGCUGCUGCUGCCCCCAGCCGCACGACCCCCGCUCUGUGCCUGCGCCUCCUUUACUGCCGCCAUCUGGUUGAUAUCGGCGCUGGUGAGGCUGCCGGGCUCGGCGACGACACCGCUCGCGGUGGAGUUGGCGGGCGCGCUCUGCAUAUGCGGCGGGCUGGCGGCCCUGUGCGCGGCACUGACGCGCCUGCUGGCGGCCGUCACCGCCGCGCCCCCGCGUCGUCUGCGCUCCGCGCUCGCCGCCGCCUCCUCUCUCUGCAGCCUCGCACCUGAGAGUGGAGACGGAGGCGCGGGCGUGUGGGCGGCAGCUGCGCUGCUGCUGGACCGUAUGCUGCGGGCCGCGCUCGCUAUCGCGCUCUUUCUCGUCCUCUGCCUCUACCUGUAGUGCCUGCAGCACUCCCGCACUCCCCUGUAGCCCCCCGCUCUCCCCUACAGUAACCCACACUCCCUUGCAGCCUAUACUAGCUGCAGACGUCGCGCCGGACGCAACGGGGCCGGUCCAUGUACUGUGGAUCGGGAGCUGCCUCCUGCAGCACCUCAGACAAAAUUUUGUUAUGUUUAUUUGAUAUGAUCACACACACUGAUAUGUACACAUUUAGAUUAUGGUCGAUAUCAAAUUAAAUAAAAUAUCGAGAAAAUA